AUUAGAAAAAUUAGAAUGCAGGGUAAGAGAAGAUGAUAGCCAUUCCUGCUGCUCUCAGAGCAAGAAAGAAGGACCCUCUUCUUGCCCACAAAAGCAUCACUGUAUCGCUUGCUUUCUUCUUCACCCACGCCAAAACAUCUCAACAGCAAACCAUCCAUCCUAGUCGUCGUGUUCAUCAGAAAGAAGAAGUUAAAGAAGAGGCAGUAGCAGAAGAAGCAGAAGAGAGCAUAAGCAAUAGGACCCAUUGGACCAGAAGGAUUCACAGCCUCUGCACUCUCAAACGUAACGUAGACGAAGCUCUUCGCCUUCUCGACCGUCUCCGUCUCCGGGGAUAUCGUCCUGACUCCCUCAACCUCAGCAGUAUAAUUCACGCCCUCUGCGACUCCAAUCGCUUCUCUGAAGCCCAUCAACGCCUUCUCUUCAUUGCUUCCGAUUGUGUUCCCGAUGAACGCACUUGCAAUGUCCUCAUUGCCCGCCUCCUUGAUGCCCGAACUCCCAAACUUACCUUGCAAGUUGUACAUGGCUUGAUCGCUGCGAAGCCCGCUUUCGUCCCCUCUCUGAUCAAUUACAACCGCCUCAUUGAUCAGCUAUGCUCCCUAUCACAACCAAUCGAAGCUCAACGGUUGUUCUUCGACAUGAAAAGCCGUGGGCACUCUCCUAACACCGUCACCUACACCACUCUUAUCCAUGGUUAUUCAAGAAUUGGCGAGUUGGACGUUGCUCGGAAGUUGUUCGAUGAAAUGGUUGAUAAUGGCAUCCUGCCCAAUUCACUCACUUACAGUGUCUUGCUGAAAGGUGUUCUUCGGAAGCGCAAGGUUGAAGAGGGUAUGGAAUUGAUGCAGGAGCUUUGGCUGAAGAUGGUUGAUGAAGAGGACCCUUCUGUCAACAAUGCUGCUUUUGCUAAUCUCAUUGAUUCUCUGUGUCGAGAAGGUUUCUUUUAUUUGGUUUUUAAGAUAGCAGAAGAGAUGCCUCAAGGGAAGAGUGUUAAUGAGGAAUUUGCUUAUGGGCAGAUUAUAGAUUCACUUGGUAGAGCUCGGCGGCAUCAUGGGGCAUCAAGGAUUGUGUAUAUAAUGAAAAAAAGGGGAUUUGUUCCAAGCUUGGUCUCAUACAAUUCAAUAAUACAUGGUUUGAGCAAGGAAGGAGGUUGUAUGAGGGCUUAUCAGUUAUAUCAAGAAGGAAUUGAAUUUGGGUACAUGCCAUCAGAGCCUACUUACAAGGUCCUCGUAGAGGGUCUCUGCCAAGAAGCAGAUCUAUGUAAGGCUAAGAACCUCCUCCAUUCUAUGCUAAAUAAGGAAGGUGUUAACAGGACUAGAAUCUACAAUAUAUUCUUGGGAGCUCUCUGUCUUAUGGACAAUUCCAGUGAGCUUCUAAACGUACUUGUCUCCAUGCUUCAGAUGCAAUGCCAACCUGAUGUGGUUACUCUCAACACCGUUAUUAACGGUUUCUGCAAGAUGGGAAGAGUUGAAGAGGCCAUGAAAGUCCUACAUGACAUGUUGAUGGGAAGUCUUUGUGCUCCAGAUGCUGUGACCUUCACUACCAUUAUUUCCGGUCUAUUGAAUGAUGGAAGAACCAAAGAAGCCCUUGAUAUGUUGCAUAAAAAAAUGCCCGAAAAGGGUCUAAGCCCUGGUGUUGUGACUUAUAAUGCUGUUCUUCAAGGGCUAUGUAAACCUCAUAAGGUCGAUGAAGCUGUGGGAAUUUUCAAUGUCAUGAUUAGUAAUGGAGUGGUUGCUGAUUGUACAACUUACACCAUAAUGAUUGAGGGGUUAUGCAGAUCUAACCGCAUAGAAGAGGCUAAGAGGUUUUGGGAGAAUGUUAUUUGGCCCUCAGGGAUACAUGAUGAUUUUGUUUAUGCAGCAAUCCUCAAAGGUCUAUGCACUUCAGGAAAGCUGAAUGAGGCAUGUAAUUUCUUAUAUGAACUGGUAGAUUGCGGUGUGGCUCCAAAUAUUGUGAAUUACAACAUUCUAAUUGACAAUGCAUGCAAGUUAGGUUUGAAGAGAGAUGCUUACCAAAUAAUGGGAGAGAUGAGAAAAAAUGGUAUAACCCCAGAUGCUGUCACAUGGAGGAUUCUAGAGAAGUUGCAUGGGAUUACUAGGAAGAAAAUCCUUGCCGAUGAUCAGAUGUUGACAUCUAAAGAGGUUGCAGGAAAGUUGGAUAGGGAUGGUGGAAUACCGGAAUUAGUGGACAAAGAGUAGCCACUCAGCAUUUGAGAGACAAAAAUAGCAUCUAGAAACAAUUCAACUAACCUCUUCAAGACACAUAAAUAAAUAAAUUAAAAAUACCAGAGUUGAUGUUGUUACCUGCAUUCAGAAGUGGAGGGACUGGAUAGGUUGCAUGGGUGUUGGAAAGCUGAUUCAGUAACACAAUUUUUGGUCCCAGAUAAAGGAGAUGGUAUACAUUUGCUAAUAGGUUCUGCAUUUCAUGAUUGGAGGACAAGCAAUGUUGUUAUGCAAUUA